GGCAGUCCUUCAUCCCAACUCUAGAACCUGGGGCACACACGAAACGUUUGCUCAACCUUCCGGUCAGGAAUUAAAUCUAAAUCUAAAAUCACAUACCAAACAGACCUGAAAUAACUAUACAGAACCGAGAGCGAUUACGAUGAGCACUGAACCGAAUGGAGGUGUUCAGGAUGAGGAGACAGUGCAAAACGUGGAUGCCAAGCGAUUAGCUUUGGAUCGGGCUCUGACUAAUGUGGUGAAUAUGGCCCGCCGUCUUAAUUUCAGCUGCGCUGAGGGCUAUAAAUCUCUCGAAGAAUCCUUGGAGAUGGCAAUACCAACUGAUCUUAAGCCUAUAGAAGACACCGCAAGCGCAUCAACCGUGAAGACGGUUUCUGGCAAAUCCUGCCCAAAGCGUAAGCCGAUUACUCCAGUGCGAUACACGCCCAAGGGCUCCAAGUUCCCCAAGACGGAAUCCAUUCCGAAGACACCGCGUGGCGUCCAGUGCUUGACCGCUCAUCUGCCGGUGCCACCGCCACCACCGCCGCCCUCACCUCGCUGCCCACAGGCCCGGGAACUUUGCUUGGCCCUGGAGAGGUCCGACAAUCUGAGGAUCCAGUUUGACAAGACCGACGAGGUAUUGAAUCAAUUGCUAAAUGAUGCCCAGGCCAUCGAUCGCCAGGUGGCCAUCCAGUGCCAAAUGCAAAGGGAUGCGGAGUUGAUCCGCACCAUGGAAGUGGAAUACAGUGGUCGAUCCAUGAGAUUCCUCAUAGAGGCCAUUCAGGAGGACUGCGAAAGCCAGCAUGUCCAGGAACUAAAGAAACGAUGUCUGGAUACCCUGAAACGCCACGAGGAACGGGAAAUGCAGCUGGAAUCCGACGAAGAUGAUCAGGAUCAGGAACAGGAUCAGUCUCAGGAGCAGGAUCCGGAGCAGGACCAGGAUCAGAACGAUGGCACCUGUAACGGCAAGGGCACUCAAACCGAUUUCUAUCAACAUCAGAAUGAGAUUGAAGCAACACUGAUUGAACUGGAGCCUCCAAUGGAUUUGCAGGACCUUGCAGCUUUCCAAGCAGGAAGAUCCGGAGCAGGCGAUGGUCACCAGGGCCAGAAGAAAAUCCAAGAAAAAACCCAGGGUGAAGACAACCUCCCAGUUGAAUAGUAUUUCAAUAAAGAUCUGAUAUGUAUCAAGUA